AGCCACGUGUCCCUGCGUGACGCUAGACGGGAGGAGGGGAGAGCCGGGGGUCAAGGAUCAAGCCCGGCACAAGAUGGCGGCGGCGGCGCGUCGGAGGCGGUCCUGGGCAGAGUUAGCCCUGGCUUUUCUAGGGCUCUGCCUUUCGACAGCCUUCGCCGUGGACAGAAGCAACUUUAAGACCUGUGACCAGAGUUCUUUCUGCAAGCGUCAGCGUGGCAUUCAACCCGGCUCAUCCCCUUACCGUGCCCUGCUGGACUCUCUCGAACUGGCCCCUGAUGCCCUCGCAGUCCAGCUGGUCAAUGAAGGCACCAAGGUGGUGUUGCUGUUGGAGCUGCAAGGACUGCAAGGGAACAUGACCAGGAUCCGGAUCGAUGAGCUUGAGCCCCUCCGGCCACGCUACCGGGUGCCCGAUGUCUUGGUGGCAGACCCCCCCACAGCUCGGCUGUCUGUCUCUGGCCGAGAUGAGAACAGUGUAGAGCUGACUGUGGCCGAGGGGCCCUACAAAAUCAUCCUGACAGGAAGGCCUUUCCGACUGGACCUGCUGGAGCAUCGAAGCCUUGUGCUCAGUGUCAACGCCCGGGGACUCAUGGUCUUUGAGCACCAGAGGCUCCCCAGGAAUUCUUUCUCGGAUAAAGUUAGUCUCACGUUCGGUAGCAUGUGGGAUAAGAUCAAGAACCUUUUCUCUAGGCAGGGACCAAAGGAACCAGCUGAGGGGGAUGGAACCCCAGAUGAGGAGGCUGCUGGGAAAGAGGACAAGCCGGAAGAGAACAAAGAAAAGGACGACAGUGAUGAGCCAGGGGCCUGGGAGGAGAUGUUCAAAACCCACCCAGACAGCAAGCCUUAUGGCCCCACAUCAGUGGGUCUGGAUUUCUCUUUGCCUGGAAUGGAACAUGUGUAUGGAAUCCCAGAACAUGCAGACAACCUGAGACUGAAAGUCACUGAGGGUGGGGAGCCGUAUCGACUCUACAACCUCGAUGUGUUCCAGUAUGAGCUCUACAACCCUAUGGCCUUGUAUGGCUCAGUACCCGUGCUCCUGGCACACAACGUCCACCGAGACCUUGGCAUCUUCUGGCUCAAUGCAGCGGAGACAUGGGUUGAUAUAUCCUCUAAUACAGCAGGAAAGACGCUGUUUGGGAAGAUGCUAGAUUACCUGCAAGGUGGCGGGGAGACACCCCAGACUGAUGUGCGCUGGAUGUCAGAGAGCGGCAUCAUUGACGUGUUCUUACUCCUUGGGCCCACGAUCUCAGACAUCUUCCGUCAGUACACCAGUCUUACAGGGACCCAGGCCCUUCCCCCACUCUUCUCUCUCGGCUACCACCAGAGCCGCUGGAAUUAUCGAGAUGAGGCUGAUGUGAUUGAAGUGGACCAGGGCUUUGAUAACCAUGACAUCCCCUAUGAUGUCAUCUGGCUGGACAUUGAACAUGCUGAUGGCAAACGCUACUUCACCUGGGACUCGAGCCGUUUUCCCCAGCCCCUUGCCAUGCUGGGACAUCUGGCCAGCAAAAGACGUAAGCUGGUGGCCAUUGUGGACCCCCACAUCAAGGUGGACUCGGGAUACCGGGUGCACGAGGAAUUGCGAUCACUGGGACUGUAUGUCAAGACCCGAGAUGGCUCUGACUACGAGGGAUGGUGCUGGCCAGGCUCUGUGGGCUACCCUGACUUCACAGACAUCAAGAUGAGGGAGUGGUGGGCAAACAUGUUCAGCUUUGACAAAUAUGAGGGCUCAGCCUCAAAUCUCUUUGUUUGGAAUGACAUGAAUGAACCGUCGGUAUUCAGUGGCCCCGAGGUCACCAUGCUCAAGGACGCCCGGCACCACGGAGGCUGGGAGCACCGGGAUGUCCACAACAUCUAUGGCUUCUAUGUGCACAUGGCCACAGCAGAGGGGCUCAUACGACGCUCUGGAGGGGUGGAGCGGCCAUUUGUGCUCGCCAGGGCCUUCUUCGCCGGCUCUCAGCGCUUUGGAGCCGUCUGGACAGGAGACAAUGCGGCAGAGUGGGACCAUCUGAAAAUCAGCAUCCCCAUGUGCCUCAGCUUGGGGCUGGUGGGGCUUGCUUUCUGUGGGGCGGAUGUGGGUGGCUUCUUCAAGAACCCUGAGCCAGAGCUGAUUGUGCGUUGGUACCAGAUAGGCGCCUAUCAGCCAUUCUACAGGGCACACUCACACAUGGACACAGGCCGGCGAGAACCCUGGCUGCUGCCCCCCGAGUACCUGGGGCCAACCCGAGAUGCCUUGCGCCAACGCUAUGCCCUACUCCCCUUUUGGUACACCCUCUUCUAUCGUGCUCACCGCGAUGGCCAUCCUGUCAUGAGGCCCAUGUGGGUGCAGUAUCCAAAGGAUGUGACCACCUUUGGCCAAGAUGAUCAGUACAUGCUAGGAGACUCUCUAUUGGUUCACCCUGUGACAGAGCCUGGGGCCCGUGGAGUCCAAGUGUACCUGCCUGGCCAAGGGGAGGUGUGGUAUGAGCUUCAGAGCUACCAGAAGCAUCACGGCCCCCAGACCUUGUACCUCCCCGUCACUCUUAGCAGCAUCCCUGUGUUCCAGCGUGGGGGAACCAUCGUACCUCGGUGGGAGCGGGUGAGACGAUCUUCAGAUUGCAUGAAGGACGACCCCAUCACUCUUUAUGUGGCAAUCAGCCCCCAGGGCACAGCGGAAGGAGAACUCUAUUUAGAUGACGGCCACACGUUUAACUAUCAGACCCAGAAGGAGUACCUGCAUCGCAAGUUCACCUUCUCGGGCAACACUCUUACCUCCAGCUCAGCUGACCCACAAGGCUACUUUGAGACCUCGAUCUGGAUUGAGCGGGUGGUGAUCCUGGGGGCUGGAAAGCCUGCCUCGGUGCUGCUCCAGGCAGAGGGCGUGCUUGAAAGCAUCCUGAGCUUUCAUCACAACGCAGAGACCUCGGUGCUAACUUUGCGCAAGCCUGGAGUCCAUGUGUCAGCCGACUGGAGCAUCCAUUUGCGAUAGCCUGAGGGUUAGCCCUGCCCAAGCGUGAUCCUGAGCAAGCCACCCCUCCCCCUGCCCCAGAGUCACCUUUCCAACCACAGUAGGGCCCAGAGGCUGCCUGAAGGAUUCACUGGCCAUAAGCUGGGCGGGGGCCAGGGGUGGUUCCCGGCCUGGGAAUCCCUCCUCUGCUUUCCUGACCCUCACCCUCCCUGCAGAUGGAGACAGCAGGGCCCUUUCCCUCGACUUCGCCCCAUCUUUGUAGGGGACCUGAACCCUUCCUCCCUAGACUCUUCCCAUGAAUGCCUUGGGUUCUGGCAUCUGGAUCACGUGACCCAAGGACACUGGUCCCCACCUUGAGCCCUGGCCUACCCUUUUUGUUCCUCUUCUCCGGUGGAGGGAAGGAGAUUCCAGGUGACUUCCCGUCAGCCUGGUAUAGCCUGGUUUCAUACCUGACCGAUACACUGGGACCACCCCCUUACCUAGCCUGGGGGGAUGCGUGGGGAGAAAGAAGGUUGUGGGGUUCCUCCUUCCCCAGCUCCUCUCCCUGGCCAGAGCUGCUGCGGUUCAUGAGAGGGGCCCCUCGCCUCCCUGCCCUGCGG